AUGUGGGUGGACGCUCUUUGUAUCGACCAAGGCAACACCAUCGAACGCGGCUCUCAAGUCCUCCGCAUGGGUGAUAUCUACAAGUUGGCCCAACGCGUCAUCGUUUGGCUCGGACCAGCAGCGGGUGACAGCGACUACGCCAUGUCCUUGCUGCGUGAUAUAGCUAGCAAGAUCAAGGUCGACUGGCAAUCUUAUACAAUGGUGCCUUCAAAGAAGGGCAAGGAAAGAUCCUGUCUGGGCGGAUAUUCAAGAGAGCCCCUUCAGGCAUCGGGAACUACGAGCUUGGACGUGCCUGUUCUCCCACCCAUGGUUCGAGCGUCUCCUCAGCAGGACGGCAUGCUUUCCAGAAGUUCAUACUUUGCCUGA